AAGAGUAAAAUACGCGCCCGUAAAGAAUAUAUGUUUGUUGCGUCUGCUGCAAAGCACCAAACAUCAACACAUCGUAUCAACAUCGUUAGCUUCAACAUAAGUAUGGUUGACUCAUAAAUUCGUACGAUCAAGUAUGACGCAAGCAUAGUGUGAACAGGUGUGAGUGGGAAAGCAACCGAAGCCUACAACAGAUACGCUUCGCUCGAUCACAGGGGAAGCAUUCGUGAACCGACCAGCAACAAGUGAAGGUGUUUUUUGUGAACCUUGUCUGCGAACUCAACGCUAAACAGUCAAAAUGAAAUUAAUUGCGAUAGGAGUGAUUCUUGCAACCAUUGGCUUCAACGCAAUCAAUGCGCUAAAGUGUAUGCAAGGUAUUGAAGUGAGCAAAGGCGAUAACAAUGAGGUGCAAAAGAGCGAUAACCCGCUGGAAAUUACGGAAUGCGGAGCUACGGCAGCUGUGUCCUCGACAGCAUUGCUGUUCGCUGUCAAGCCCAGCAUAAUCAGUUUUCCCUCCGGAGACUACAAAUGCUAUCAUCUGAAGUACGAGGAGAAGAAUAGCGACACCUCGACGAUCAUCAAGGGUUGUAUCUACAAUUCCCUGAAUGUCUGCGAUGGGAAGUACUCAUCGAGCAACACCAAAGAAUCCUUCUGCAGCCAGUGUGAUAUGGAUGGUUGCAACUCGGGCGAACGGUUCGCUUUCGAUUUCAAACUUUUGGGCCUAACAUUGGUCGCUCUCGUAGCAUAUUUGGUGAAAUAAACAGUGCGUUGUUAUGAGUAUGAAUCAUAAGUGUUCACAUCAGAUAAGUCUUGCUUGAAGUUUUUUUUUGUUGAACUAGUCACAACCUUCGCUUGUUGUAAAAAAAAAAUCCAUAGCAAUGAAUCUACUAUUGAUCGUCAAUUUAAACUUUUGUUUAUUGGUGUAUUUGUUCAGCAAUGACAAAGGGAAAGGAUACCCAUUUGCUCUUCACAAUUUGCCGAGAAACUGACUCGCGAAUAAUUUUCCGAGCACAUUUAAUGCAUUGUAGAAAACGGAUUUCGUCUGUCCGUAAUGACAAAUCAAAAUCAAAUGUAACUCAUAUUUUCCGAAGAAUAAAACAUACACAUUUUUUAUAAA